AUUCAAGUUGCACUAUCAGUAAGUUUCAGUCUAUCACUCGAUCGCCUUCCGAUCGUGCAUAUUUUACAAAAUAACGCAUCAAAAUAACCAAAAAUGGGCGAAUCCGAGGCUGAGAUAUUCGAUCGAAUAAUGGAGCUUGUCGGAAAUGACGGAAAAUUCCAAAACCGAUUCAACUUCCUCUUCAACUUUUUCGUGUGUCUCUUUGUGUCAAUGUCCUACAUGAACAUCGUGAUGGUUUUGAACGAGCCGGAUCAUUGGUGUCAUGUGCCGGGAAGAGAAUUAACGAAUUACAGCAUCGAAGAAUGGCGCGAACGAGUACUGCCAACUGAAUUAGAUAACAAAAAGAAAAUGUCAUUCAGUCGGUGCAAAAUGUAUAACUUAACUACGACAGAAAUACUUGAACUUGAUACUCAUGAGAGACUAAAUAUUAGCGACGAGCAUCAUAUAAGUUGCACAAAUGGCUUCGAUUACAACAAAACUUGGUAUGAAGAAACUGUCGUUUCAAAGGAAGAUUGGGUAUGCGAUGAUGCACUUUACGUAACAAACACCUUUUCCUUCAACCGUUUGGGAGAAGUUGUCGGUACUUUAAUAUUCGGGCAAUUGGGCGACACAAUAGGACGUCGACCUGUUUUCAUUUGCGGCGUUUUCAUCACAAUCUUUGGAAGAGUUGCUUGUCUCAUUACUUCAGGAACAUAUUGGCUUUUUGCUCUUUCUUCAAUUUCGGGCAUGUUAACAGCUUUGAUGUUAUUUCAAUCGCCCUUAGUUAUUGCCAUGGAGAUCUGCAAAGGAGAGAAACGAGCAAAAAUCUCAAUGAUUCAAUGUUACGGAUGGACUUCGGGAAUGGUUUUGAUGCCUUUGAUAUUUUGGGCGGUGCGUGAUUGGACUCCGUUUUUAAUGUUUACAACUUUUCCAUUGCUGUUCGGGAUAUUUUUCCCGAAAUAUUUGAUUGAAUCGCCAAGAUGGCUCGGAAAUAAGGGAAAAUACGAUCGAUGUGCGAAAGAACUUCAAAAAAUCGCAGAUAUUAACGGGACGAAUAUUAAAGUUACGGAAGUUAUGAUAAAAGAAAUGUUGAAAGAUCAUAAGGUUGAAAAAGUUUAUGGAAUGGCGUCAUUUUUAACAAGCAAACGAUUGGCUUUGAAUACGAGCAUUAUGGCUUUAUGUUGGAUCAUCGUUACAAUGGUAUAUUACGCUCUCGUCAUCAACGCUUCAAGAAUGGAUGGAAACCCCUUCCUGAACUUCAUUUGGCAAAGUGCAAUUGAACUUCCGGGCGUUUUUGCGGGCAAAUACAUGGGAGACAAGAUCGGGCGUCGUUUCACCCAAGUUUUAGCCUUUUUCUGUGCCUUCAUCGCUUGCAUUCCAAUCCUUUUUCUCGUGCAACAUCCCGAAUAUUCAACUGUCGUCUCUUUACUUGCAAUAAUUAUUCGGUUCAUGGUUUCAAUUAUUUUCUUUGCCGUUCAUCUUCAAGCGAUGGAAAUUUAUCCGACUUGUUUGCGUCAAACAGGUUUCGCUAUAAUGACAAUUGUAGCUAAUCUCAUGGGAUUAUUAGGUCCUUACAUCAUUUAUUUGGGCACCGAAUUCGAUGUUCGUUAUCCGUACGUGAUAUUGGCAGCACUUUUUGCUUUGGGAACGUUUGGAGCGCUAUUUUUGCCUGAAACAUUGGGACAAUUGUUGCCUGAAACGAUUGCCGAUGCGCACGAAUUUGGAAAAGGACAACCGUUUUGGGGAUUGCCGAAGCCAAAUAUUCCAUCAAAACGUGCAAAAAGCGAAAAAGAUGCAAAAGAAAAAUUAAAUCAGGAAAAAUUUGCGCCUUAAUUCAGUAUUAAAAUAAAUUUUUAAAAA